CUGCUGGGGGGACAGAUUGGCCUGGAGGACUUCAUCUUCGCCCACGUCCGGGGCGAGACGAAGGAGGUUGAAGUGACCAAGACAGAGGAUGCACUUGGCCUCACCAUCACGGACAACGGGGCCGGCUACGCCUUCAUCAAGGUGAACCCCUCCGUGGGGCCAUGCUGGGGCCAGGGCAUCGAGGCCAUCAACGACCACACCAUCGUGGGCUGCCGGCACUACGAAGUGGCCCGGAUGCUGCGGGAGCUGCCCCGGGCUCAGCCCUUCACCCUCCGCCUGGUGCAGCCCAAAAAGGCCUUCG